UCGUUUAUUAUUUAUUUUAAUAAUAAUUAAAUAGCUACUGAGUAGCUGGUAACGUUUUAGUAAUUCUAAGACACUUAGUCUACACCGCAAGAGAAUUGUAAUGAAAUUGAUUGUAAGUACUUGAAGUACUGUUACAAUUUUGUAUUCGGAGGCUGUGUGUAGUUUAUUGAGGUUAAUGGCUUGUGUGUUGUUGUAACAUGUUAAUUGGUGUGCUACUGCUGACCCCGAAUGAGAAUACAUUCAUGCAAAUUUUUUUAACGAGCCCUAGAAGUGGUUUAAUUAAUGAUAGUUAUGAUUGCAUAAAAUGUAUUUUAUUUUCAAGCCAAUUGGGUUCGAGGUUAUGUCAGGAUAAUCAAUUAUCCUUUUUGUCUAAUUGUUAUUGUUGUUGGUGUUUGUUGUUGGUGUUGAGCAGAGUAAUUGUAAAUAAAAUUGACGUGGACUGCAGCCGGAGAGUUUGCAAUGUCUUCGGUGCAGCGAGCUUUUGCUCAGAAGCUAAGCAAACAUCAUGCAGCGGACGUACGCCGGCAAAUCGCUACGUCCACUUCCUACUCCAGGGAAUUGUCUAAGAGUAACAGCAAUUUUUCGGGGUUCUCAUCGACGGUGUCUCUCUGCGAGAUGGUGGAGCCUUUGGAUUACGAGGAAUUUUUGACGCAACAUCAAAAUGUUAUAGAUCGAGAUCCUUUGAAGUCAAUUUUAGAUUAUCCUCCUAAUGAUAUUGAAUUGAAAGUUAUCAAGAGGAAGAUUAGGACAGAAGAACCCAUAGUUCCUAUAGAGCCUAUUGAAUCAGUAUCGCCUUAUGUGAAAAGGUGCAUUGAAAGUUUCACUUCAGACUGGGUCUUUGUACAUAGAAAAUUUAGGGGGAGGGCUUCACCCAUUGGAAGGGAUAGAUUAGUUCAAGAAACACCGAGACAAGACUUUGAAGUUGACCAAGAACAAACGAACGGUUCUCAUUCACCAAACGAUGAAGAAUCAGAUCCAUCACAGUAUGGGUCGCAACAAGAAACGCCAAGAGGUUCUUGGGCAAGUUUGGAUCUUCGACAUUCUCAGCAUGAUCCUCUUCUUCCAAGUAUUUUAGAUAGAGUUUCUCCUGAAACAUUAGAUCAAAUAAAUGAACAAAAACGUUCAGAAGACAGACAAGAAACGCUAUUUUCUCUUUACGCCUUACCCGCACCAUUGGAUGACGAAUGGCAAGAAAUAACUUUAGCUACAGAACCAGCAGAACCUUUUUCCCACAAGAUUCUCAUAAAAUGCCUUCAAUUAAAACUGGAAUUGGAAGUCGAGCCUAUUUUUGCCAGUCUCGCUUUGUAUGAUGCAAAAGAGAAAAAAAAGAUCUCUGAAAAUUUUUACGUUGAUAUGAACGUGGAAGCCUUAAAGAGGAUGCUCGGUAGUCAUGUAGCUUACAGUGAUGCAAGCACUUUGGCAAGAAGUUGUGUUGUAAGCAUAAGCAAACCAAGCCCGGAUUUGUUCCUUGUUAUUAGAUUAGAAAAAGUGUUGCAAGGAGAUAUUUCUGAAUGUGCAGAGCCUUACUUGAGAGAUGAUAAAAACAAAGACAAGGUUCGAGCCGCAGCAGCUGCAGCUUGCGAACGCUUAGGUCGUUAUCGUAUGCCCCUCGCGUGGACGGCAAUACAUCUUUCAGGAGUCAUUGGUGGGGGUGGAGAUGCGGACAGCACGGGAAGUGCGGGUUCCUUGGACAGAAAAUCUAGUGGCAUGGAGCAGUGGCGAAGAAAAAUUGAACCACCCAUACGAAGAGGAUCUCUAGAGCGCCGAUGCUCGGACAAGAGACGAAGCUGGUCAUCGGAUGAUUUCGCAAAUUGUCUAGACAGUUUUAGGCCCAUAACUCUAACAGUAUCUAGUUUUUUUAAACAAGAAAGUGAGAGAUUGCGUGAUGAGGAUCUGUACAAACUUUUGAUAGAAUUGAGAAGGCCAGGCUCAAAUUUAAAAAAGUUAAAAUGCUUACCUGGAAUUUUAAAAUUAGAUUUAAGUCCGCGUCCUGACGAACUACCUCGAUGUUUAGAUCCAGACUUGCGGAGGUUGUCCCCAUAUCCAAAUGAAAAUAACCGCCCUAUAAAAGAAAUCUUGGAAUUUCCUAGUGAAAUUGUUGCACCUGAACUAUCAUAUCGUAAUUUACUUUAUGUUUACCCAAAAGAAGUGAAUUUUAGUUCUAGAGCAGGUUCGGCUCGAAAUAUAGCAGUUCGCAUUCAAUUAAUGGGAGGGGAACAAGAGAACGAAGCUUUGACGGCAAUUUUCGGUCGUUCCUCGUGUCCCGAAAUGACUCACGAAUAUUUUACUUCCGUUUUGUAUCACAAUAAAAAUCCAAAUUUUUACGACGAAGUAAAAAUUAGGUUGCCAGCGGAUCUAAGUGCUAGACAUCAUCUGCUAUUUACUUUUUAUCAUAUUAGUUGUCAGAAGAAGGCUGAACAACCAAACGUCGAAACUCCCGUAGCUUAUACUUGGUUACCAUUGCUAAGAGAUGGGCAUCUACAAUCAGGAGAAUUUAGUUUACCUGCGAUGUUGGAUCCUCCACCAGCAAACUAUUCCUACAUAGCACCAGAUGUUCUUUUACCGGGAACUCGAUGGGUUGACGCACACAGAGGCGUUUUUACUCUGAUUCUUGAGCCUGUUUCUAGCGUACACCCUCAAGAUAAAUACAUAGAUAGGUUUUUGUUGCUUUGCGGUGCCUUAGAACUGGGCCAAGUACCGCCACGCAUUGGUGAGGCGGGAAUGGAAUCUGAACUCAAAUCCGCGCUAUUAGAGAUCGCUCGGUGUUCACAAACUGCUCUGAUUCGUUCAUUGCCUCAGGUGUUCAAUCAUCUUGUAUAUCUACUUGUACGACCUCCAACACUGCCUUCACAGACGUUGAACAUCGCUGCCACUGUCUUUGAGGCCAUUGGCUUACUUGUACGAAACAUUACGAAUCUGCAAGAUGGUCAAGUUGACUCGCACGGCAGGCAUCCGCUGCUAAUGACUUACACGGCUUAUCAAUGCUCUCUACCAAGAAUGAGCCAUGGCUCAGGUGUCAUUAGAGCUCAGAGUAAUCCCGAUUUGCCGAUAGAAGACCUUGAAAUGGAAAUACAUUCUCGGGGUAUUGACCGUACAGCUUCAAUGAGGCAGGAAUCCACCAUCAACAGUCAAUGUAUUCCCUCUACGCGCAGACUGCUGCACGAGGAAAUAGUAUUGCAUUGGGUGGUUUCGACUGCUCAAGCGCGUGAGCUCGCCAUUACACAUUCCUGGUUCUUUCUGGAGCUAGUUGUCCGCUCGAUGGUCAUUACCUUGACGGAAUUCGACAUGAUGGAUUCGCCACGUAAGAUGCGAUUUUCACACCAGUUUUGCGACGAUUUGUCAACUCUCGUAACCGCUCUCACAAACGAAAUAAUCCAUCGCAGUGGCAAAGACAAUCGCGUUGCUUCGAAUCUUACUUUAGGUCUCGGAAAUUUUUUAUCCGAUUUGUUCUCCAUCAUGGAUCGCGGUUUCGUGUUGUCAUUACUCAGAGCCAGUUGUUGUUCCAUGGCCGACGCAUUUAUGCAAGUACCUGAUUCGGCAGCUCUGUUUGCUCUGAAGCUCGAUCUCGUGCGGACGGUCUGCUCAAACGAGCACUUCGUUGCCCUGAAUUUACCUUUCGGCACGGGCUACACGUGUGGCUCAGCGCCAGUCUCGCCUUCUCCUUCGACUGGAAGUUCCGGCUCUCUAAUUUCUACUCUGGUACCUGGUGAGCGCGUUCGCUUUUCCGAGCUAAGCCAAGAAUUUCGUCAGCAGCAUUUUCUUGUCGGUCUCGUUCUUCUCGAUUUAUCUAACACCCUGGAAAUUCCAAACCCAAUGCUGCAGAACAAGGCCAUUGGCACGAUCCGAUAUCUCAUGACGUGUCACGAUGCUGAUCCUCGUUACACAGAUUCAUCGGCCAAAGCUCGUGUCGCCGCCUUGUAUUUGCCUUUACUGAACAUCCUAAUGGAUGCACUGCCGCAACUGUAUCAUUGGGAUUCAAAGGAGAAAAGUGUUUAUACGGACGAAAGUGGCUCAAUUACCCAAUCUGUUGCUCUGGCUAUUUCAGGCGGGACCUCGGUAGAAAAUGCUGGAGCGCAGUGCAGGGUUUCCCUGAGCUCCGAGGCUACUAGACAUUUGUUAAUGUGUGCUCUGUGGAUUUUGAAGUCAAUAGAAAAAUCAGCUCUAGCGCAGUGGAUAACGGAAUUGAGCACAAGGAGGAUUUUAAGCAUUUUGCAAGUGUUGAAUAUAUCCACGGCCGCUUUUGAAUACAAAGGCAAAAAAGCACUGAAGAGAUUGCCCUCUACAGCUACGGCCACGAGUGACAUCAGAUCAAGGUUGGAAGAUGUCAUUUUGGGUCAAGGAAGCGCCAGGAGUGAGAUGAUGAUGAGACGGAAGGAGAGAGCCAGUGGUGAUAAGCUGAGAUGGAGAAAAGAUCAAAUGGCUUAUCGAGUGUCUGAACAACCUGAAGGUAAAGCAGUUGAACAAGAUGCACACAUUGAAGGAGCUCUAGCAGCUGAAGCUUCUCUAAUUGUGUUGGAUACGCUUGAAACUAUUGUUCAAGCUGAAGGUGGAGGAGGCAUGGUAGUCGGCGGCGUUUUGAAAGUAUUAUUGAGGACUUUAGCAAGGAACCAAAGUACCUUAGUAUUGCAACAUAUGUUCAAUACUCAAAGAGCACUAGUUUUUAAAUUUCACAGUGCUCUGUUUGAUGAGGAAGAAAGUGAAAGAUGCGGAGACUUGUGUCUGACGUUGUUAACGAGAUGUAGUUCACCUUUAAGUGCCAUUCGUAGUCACGCUGCCGCGAGUUUAUAUUUAUUGAUGCGGCAAAACUUUGAAAUUGGCAAUAAUUUCGCCAGGGUGAAAAUGCAAGUGACAACUUCGCUUUCUGCUCUCGUUGGCAGAGGAAGAGCGCCUAACGAAGGUGCACUACGUAGGGCAUUAAAGACUGUUCUUGUUUAUGCUGAGAAAGAUACGGAGUUGACAGAUACUAGUUUUCCAGAACAAGUUAAAGAUCUACUUUUUAAUCUUCACAUGAUUCUUUCCGAUACUGUAAAGAUGAAAGAAUUUCAAGAAGAUCCUGAAAUGCUCCUUGAUUUAAUGUAUAGGAUCGCAAAAGGUUAUCAGAGCUCGCCAGAUUUAAGAUUAACGUGGCUGGCAAAUAUGGCACAACAACACAUGGAGCGAAAGAAUCACACCGAGGCAGCGAUGUGCUUAGUGCAUAGUGCUGCAUUGGUGGCUGAGUAUCUUCACCUUUUGGAGCCAGGUAGUGGCGGUCGACCAAUCGGUGCGGUUGCCCUAAGUCCAAUAACUCCAAACGCUUUGGAGGAAAGUGCGGUGGGCGAUGACGUGCUUGCCAGAAGGGAAGAAGGACUCUGCCUGGGACCAGACUUUUCUGAAAGUGGUCUUGCCGGUUUACUCGAACAUGCCGCAAGCUCGUUCCACGCUGCAGGCAUGUACGAAGCUAUUCCAGACGUUUAUAAAGUCUUGCUACCCAUUGCCGAAGCUGCUUACGAUUAUAAAAAGUUGGCUAAUAUUUAUGGGAAGUUGCACGAAACUUAUACUAGAAUUGAACAGCUCGCUGGAAAACGAGUGUUUGGUACUUAUUUUAGAGUAGGAUUUUACGGAACUAGAUUUGGCGAUCUAAAUGGCGAAGAAUUUAUAUAUAAGGAGCCUACCUUGACUAAAUUGCCAGAAAUAUUUUCGAGAUUAGAAAAUUUUUACGCUGAAAGAUUUGGUGCUGAAAAUAUAGUUAUUAUUAAGGAUUCAAAUCCUGUCGAUCCCACUAAAUUGGAAUCUGACAAAGCAUUUGUACAAAUUACUUAUGUAGAGCCAUACUUUGAGUCGCAUGAGUUGAGACAUCGGCCAACAGUUUUCCACAAAAACUUCAACAUAAGGCGUUUUAUAUACGCAACUCCGUUUACACCUGGAGGUAAAGCACACGGUGAAUUACGCGAACAAUGUAAGCGUAAAACGAUAUUAACGGUGUCAACCCACUUUCCAUAUCUGAAAACGAGGAUACGAGUUGUAGCUAGAAAACAAAUUCUUCUCAGCCCCAUCGAAGUAGCGAUCGAGGAUAUUCAGAAAAAAACUGCCGAGCUUGCAGCAGCGACGAUGCAAGAACCGCCUGAUGCGAAAAUGUUACAAAUGGUGCUACAAGGUUGUAUUGGUACAACCGUGAAUCAAGGACCGGCGGAGGUGGCCAAUGUCUUUCUGUCCGGCCUGAAGGAACAAAAUCUACAGCCUUCCAAGUUGCAGCAUAAGCUCCGCUUGUGCUUCAAAGACUUUUCGAAAAAGUGUCUUGACGCGCUGAGGAAAAACAAAAAUUUGAUUGGACCAGAUCAGCGAGAUUACCAACGGGAAUUGGAAAGAAAUUAUCAGAGACUGACCGAGAGACUUGCUCCACUGAUUGCGUGGAGCGGUCCAUCCUCGACAGCGACGCCAGUGCCAGCGGUUACGAAAUCGGUGUCUCCCCUCUGGUAACCGAAAGAACUUGUCACACUAGUGAUACAUGCCAAAGAGCAAAGUUUGAUUAGCUAUUGUUUUCACACAUGGCUAAUCAAAACUCCGACACGUUACUUUAGCUUAAGUCUGUCUAUAAUGUAUUUAUUAAGUGCGCGUAUGUGACUUCGUGUAUUUAUAUCUGUGAUUCAUGUCGACUUAUCAUGUAGUUUUAUUUAUGACUCUGUUUUUUUUUUUUAUUUUUAUUUUUAUUUUUUUUUUAUACUCAUUUUUGCAUACCUAAACAUCACUAAACG